AUGAGCGCGGGGCCCCCGUUCCGCGGCCCGCCCGCCUUCCAACCGCCGCCGCUGCGCUUCGGGCAGGCCGCCGUGUUCGGGCCGGGGGGCGGCGGCGCUGCCGGCCUCCCCUUCGGCCCCGCGCCCGCCGCCUUCGGGCCGCCCUUCGGGCUGGGCCAGCCGGCGGCCUUCCCGGCGGCGGGGAGCAACGCGGGCUUCAGCUUCAAGCCGCCCACCAACCUGAGCAGCUUCCCGGCGCCGGGCGAGGCGGCGGCGGGCGGCGGCGGCGGAGCCUUCGCGGCGCCCGAGUUCCGCUUUAAAGCUCCCGACAGCGCCGCCGCCGCCGCCUUCAAGCCGCUGGCGGGCGCCGAGGCCGAGAAGGGCCCGGCCGCCCCCGCCGCCUUCACCUUCUCGCAGCCCUUCGGCUUCGCCCCCGAGGCGGCGGGCCCCGAGCCGGCGGCGGGCGGCGGCUUCUCCUUCUCUCGCCCCGCCGCCGCCGCCGCCGCUCUCGGCCGCCCCGAGGAGAAGGGCCCGCGGCCGCUCUUCGGCGCGGCGGAGGAGGCGGGCGACGCGGCGCCCAAGGGGCUGAAGCGGAAGGAGGAGCGGGAGCGCUCCCCGCGCCGGGCGGCGGUGGCGGCGGCGGGGGGCGGCGGGCGGGCGGCGGCGGCGCCGCCGGAGAAGCGAGCGGUGCUGCUGAGCCGCCCCCGCGGCGGGGCCCUGUUCGGCCGCACGCUGCAGGAGGUGCUGCGCAGCCAGGGCCGCGGCCACCGCGACCGCGGAGACCCCGCCGAGGCCGAGCGGGGCCCCGCCGAGGAGCCGCCGCCUCCGGUUGCGGUGGCGGAGGGCCGGGAGCCGCCUCGGGCAGGUAAGGGCACGGGUGGCCGGUGGCCGCCGCCGCCUUCCCGAGGGCUGCCUGCCCGACGUGUGGCACCCGCUGUCUUUCCAGACGCCCCUCCUGUCACCGCCGGGCGCAGGGUGCGGGGCAGCGAGAGCACGGACAGCCUGGGAGGCCUGUCGCCGGGCGAGCUCACGGCCAUCCAGUGCAAAAACGUCCCCGACUACCUCAACGACAGGACGGUGCUGGAGAAGCACUUCGGCCAGUUUGUGAAGGUCCGCCGGGUCAUGACCAGGCGCAAUAAGAAAAUGGCCAUUCUGCACUUCUUUGAUCAUGCCUCUGCUGCCCUUGCCAAAAAAAAGGCAAAAGAGUUGCACAAAGACAUAGUAACAUUCUGGCAAAAGAAGAAAACAAGCCCUGCGAAAAGAGAAUUUUCAUCCAAGGAGAAGAAAGCAGGUGAAGAUGAAGGAAGGCAAAGCAGUGAAGAGCAAAACUACCAGCAUUCCCCACUUAGGAAGCCUUUAAUAAGAUCCUCUGCCAGUGCUGUCAUGCCUGGUAAAAGCUCUCCAGCUAAGAAGCCUGGUCUUCGAAAGGCGCUGCAGUUUGAAGCAGAUCUGUUUGAUUCUAGUUCUGAAGGGCAGAACUCAGAGGCCAUGGGAACUUCAUUAUCAUCUCUCAGUAACCUGAUUGGGUUAGUGGCUGAGACAUCUGAAGAAAGAUACCGUCUUCUGGACCAAAGGGACAAAAUAAUGCGACAAGCUCGAAUAAAAAGGACUGAUCUUGGCAAAGCAAAAACUGUCAUUGGCACUUGUCCUGACAUGUGUCCUGAAAAGGAGCGUUACAUGAGGGAGACGAGAAACCAGCUCAGUACCUUUGAGUUGCUUUUGGGAUCUGACAAGGUAGAUCAUGCAGCAGCAAUCAAGGAAUAUAGCAGGUCUUCAGCAGACCAGGAGGAGCCUUUGCCUCAUGAAUUGAGACCCUCUGAAGUGUUGAGCAUGACCAUGGACUAUUUAGUGACAAACAUUAUGGACCAAGGGGAAGGAAAUUACCGAGAAUGGUAUGACUUUGUUUGGAACAGAACUCGAGGAAUAAGAAAGGAUAUAACCCAGCAGCAUCUCUGUAACCCACUGAUGGUAUCUCUGAUUGAGAAAUGUGCUCGUUUUCACAUCCAUUGUGCUCACCACUUGUGUGAAGAGCCUAUGUCUUCCUUUGAUGCCAAAAUCAACAACGAGAAUAUGACAAAAUGCCUGCAAAGCUUGAAGGAGAUGUAUCAGGACCUGGCUAACAAGGGAAUUUACUGCAAGAGUGAAGCGGAAUUCAGAGGUUAUAAUGUUUUGCUGAAUCUCAACAAGGGUGAUAUUCUCAGGGAAGUGCAGCAGUUUCAUCCAGAGGUUAGAAACUCUCCUGAAGUUAGAUUUGCAGUUCAAGCUUUUGCUGCAUUAAACAGCAACAACUUUGUGAGGUUUUUCAAGUUAGUGCAGGCAGCUUCUUAUCUGAAUGCCUGUCUCUUACAUUGUUAUUUCAACCAGAUUCGUAAAGAUGCUCUCAAAUCUCUCAAUAUUGCCUACACUGUAAGCACCCAAAGAUGUACUCUGUUUCCAUUGGAUCACCUGGUUCGCAUGCUGCUCUUCAAAGAUUGUGAAGAAGCAACUCAUUUUAUAAGUUACUAUGGCCUGAGUGUAUCUGAUGGUGCUUAUGUAGAGCUGAAUCGCUCAGCUUUUUUGGAGCCUGAUGGAUUACCCAAGCCCCGUAAAUCACUGUUUGUCAGCCGGAAGCUAACUGUCUCGGUUGGGGAAGUUGUAAAUGGCGGACCAUUACCAUCAGUGCCUCACCACGUGCCUGUGUCUAGCUUUAAUGGACAGAGCAAAUAUACUGGUGGAAGCACCUCUGUGGAUCAAGCUAGUAGUAGCCAAAAGUCCAGUGUAGAAGCAACAGAAGGAAGAGUGGAAAGCAAAGGUGUGGAUUUAGAUGUUACAGCAGUAAGAGCCCAGCCUCAAGCUCAUCUUCUGCCCUCACUGUUACCUCGUCCUCUUGUGCCAAUGCUACCUCCUGUGCAGGCAAUUUCCCAGUCUGCUGGACAACCUGAGCCUCUUUCUUCAAAGCCUCAGCCUGUAUACACAGACACAGACAUCGCUGAGGUGGUGGACGGGCUUGUGCAUGAUGUUCUCAAAGGAGAGUGCAGAGAAGUUGGCAGAGCAGGAGCCGAUUACGUGACUGCAGCGAUCUGUACCUCGGAGGCCACUGUGGAGGAACUGGUGGCUGAAGUGAUGGAGGAAGUUCUCCGACAAGUGGUUGGAAGCACGCUCAGCGCAGAAAGGGAGCGUGUUAAGGAGGAAAGGCGCAGAGUGGAGGAAGAGAGGCAAAGGCAGGAAAGAGAACAGUUAAUAAAGCAGUUGAGUCAGUUGGUGGGUAUGGAGUUAAUGGAAGAAGUAAUAAACGAGACUGUUCAAGAAGCUUCAGCCAAUGAGUUGAAAUGUGCCUUAGAAAGAGACCGGCAAGCCCGUAUUGCCCGGUGUUCAGAAGAAGUCUGUGGUCAUGUCAUGGACCACUUCCUGGAGGAUGAGAUUUUCCAGAUUGCAAAGGAAACCCUGCAGGAGCUCCAGUGUUUCUGCAAAUAUUUGCGAAGGUGGAGGGAGGCAGUGGCAGCUCGAACAAAGCUGAAACGUCAAAUGAGGGCAUUUCCAGCUGCUCCCUGUUGCACAGAUCCAAAAAAUAAACUGAAAGCUCUGUCCCCCAGUGCUGAGUGGCCUAUAGCCAUGGAGAACUUGUGCAGGAGACUUGUAAACCUGGGGAAUGGAGGAAAGCUGGGAAUCUCUUGCACGAGGCUGAAUUGGCUGAGAAACAAGACAGUGCAUGAAAUCAGAGUUCGUCACUUCUACCAGCAAUUGUUAAGCUUCUGUCUCUCUUUAAGUGAUUUAGCUUGGACUCCCCUGGAUCUCACUUCAUUAAUCACUGAGCAUAUACCAUUUCAACAAGAACAGAUAUUUUGGAAAGUGCUAUUGGUUUUGCCAAAUGAUGAAUAUGCAGAGGAUGAUCUCAACAGAGUAUUGGUGGAUUGGUUUAAGACCAAGUUUAUUGGAGACAAAAGCUGGAAGAAAAACGCUUCAUGUGCAGAAGGUAGAAUUCAAACACUGACAUUAUUUAAUUCUCCUGGCAUGCAAGGGAGCAGAAGCAUUAAAGUCAGUGUGUGUGUUAAGGUGGUACAUGGUGUGCUCUCUGACUCUGAGCUUGAUGCAGCGAACGUGCAAAAAGACUUACUUGGAACCAGUGGACUCAUUCUUCUCCUGCCCCCUAGAGUAAGGAGUGAAGAUGUUGCAGAAGAAGAUGUUUAUUGGCUUUCAGCCUUGCUGCAGUUGAAACAGUUGCUUCAGGUCAAACCUUUCCACCCAAUAGUUCCUUUGGUGGUUGUAGUCCCCACUGAGGAAGAGGAGGCCAUAGAGAAAGAAGUUGAAGAAGGUUUAAUGCUGCAGGACUUGAUUUCAGCCCAGCUUAUUUCAGACUACAUCAUUGUUGAGUUAUCAGGUUCUAUCAAUGACUUACAAGGCACGAAAAGGAUUGCUGCAGCUGUGGGCUGGUUGGUUUCCCAGUGCCCUAACUCCCUUAAGAUCUGCAGUCAGACCCUUCAGGAGUACAUUGAGGAUGGGAUUGAUGGUGAAUUUGGCAAGCGCUUCUACCUUGACUGGAAGGAGAGACGUUUAGCUGGCCUGCCAUCUCAGGAACCCGGGGCCAUCAUAGAGCUGUACAACAGUGUGCUGCAGUUUCUUUCAGAUGCAGCGUCCUCAGAGCAUCUUUGUGACUUGUCUUGGCCUGUUACUGAGUUUUCAGAGCGUGGGGGUAACAAGCUGUUACCCCACCUGCACUGGAACAUGCCUGAUCACCUAGCUUGGCUGAAAAAGGCUGUGCUGUCCUUCCAGAUCCCCUACCUAGAUCUGCCUCCAUUAGGUGCUCCUUGGCGUCCUGUUUGCCACAUGAUUUUUCAGUAUGUAUCUCAGAUCGCUAAUUCUUCGCAUACUCAACCACUGAUCCAGUCUCAAGUGGAGAAUCUGCUGAGCAAAACGUAUCAGAAGUGGAAAAACAGGACAUUGGGGAGCUCUGAUGGGCCUUCUGUUGAUGAGAUCCCUUGGGAUGCUAUCCUGGCAGUCUGCAUUGAUCAUAAGCUGAGAGACUGGAAACCCCCAAAAUUGCCUGUUGCACCAGAAGCAGUAAGUGAAGAUGGACAGAUUCGGGUGUACUUCUUCAAGGAGCAUUUACAGAACUUCACUAUCCCUUACGCGUGGGAACAAGCCAGACUGCGCACGCAGGAGGAGAUCCGGCAGGGCCAUGAGAGGUCAAGGAUAAAAUCUACUGUCUCUUUUAAGAAACCCCGUAGCAUCUCCAUGAUGCCAGAACAAAAUGACGCUGGCAUGAGCAUGCUCUUGAGUCAAGGAAGGAGCAUUCCCAGUGCAGAUGCACUCACAGACACAACCUUGGCCAAGGAUCUUCUCCCAGAGCGUCUGUUAAGCCAGUUGCAACAGGAAAAAAUGGAAAGCAGAAGGUUUGAAGAACAGUUACACCAAUGUCUAACUGAGGACACAGAGCCCCUUGGAGACUUCGUGGGUCUUCCUCUCUACCUUCCCCAGUCCCUGGUCUCCACCCCAGCUAUCACUGGUCCGUUGAUCAAGAGUUCCAUGCCACCUGUUCAAGGGGCUGGAAGUCAAGCAGGAUGUGAGCUGUUGGAGGACAACCUAAGCCCCAUACUGUCGGACAGACUGAAACACUUGCAAAGGCUCCUCAGAGCUAACAGGGAGGGUGAGGUUGCUUCUGAGCUCCACCUGUCUACUCUGAUGGACAUGGUGGAUAUCUGAGCAGAAAUGAGAUACGUGUGCAGACCAAGAGACUUGGUAAAGAAAUCCAGGGCUGAGUGAUUCAACAGAGGAACUCCUGCCUAACAUUAGAGGAAAAAAACAAGUGUCCUGGGAGAAGAACACGGCAGGUGCGGGGCCUGGGCUGCUCCUGCAUGGCUGCCUUGCACAGAAAGGAUGUAGAGGGGCAUUCACUGUGUCCCUUUGGCUCACUACGGAGGUUUGGCUGGUCUGGGAUCUCUUCCUUUUAAGCUGACUCAUUUCACAGCUGUGGAGACAAGUCAAAUGCUACUCAUGGAAAGCCAUAAACUGACACAGCAGUGUUUUUUUCCUUUCUACCAACUCUCAUCAAUUGUUGAUCAGCCAGGAAAGAGAUGAUGAGUUGGUUGUCCAUAUUAGUUCUGUAUCAGUUUGUGCAGAGUUGUGAUGCUCUCCUUGUACCUAGCUUUUGUUCUCUCCCUUGCCUUCAUAACACAGUAAGAAGCUGAGCAAUGCUGCUGUAGGACCAGGAUUUUUUUGUUUGUGAUCAGAUCUCAAUUUCUAUAGAAAUGCAGAUAUGAGAAUACUGUUGUGAGGAGUUAGUAGAAAAUAGUUUUGUGGGAAGCAUGUAGUUAUAUUUAACCUCACCAGGAAAAAACAAUAAGGUAGCAAGGACCCCUGAGAGCAUCAGAGCAAUCAGUCUCUACAGACACAGUCCCCAGGAUACUGUCCCAGCUCUGUGUUUACUUGAUGCAUAAGCUACCUUGCAGCAGCAGCACCUUGGUUUGAAGGUUUUUUUUUAGCUGCUUAGGAAUAUCAGUGAUCAUUCUGAAGUAGUUACAACACUUUUGUUUUGUUUUUUACUUAACUGCUCUAUGCAAAUCCAGAAGGAUAUUUGUGCUGCUGGGCCCCAGUUUUAUUAUGUUGAAUACGUAUGGCAUUAAAACCAAAUCAAUUGCUUAUUCUACAGACUAAUUGUCAUGCUGGAAUGCAACACAUUUUCUUCAUUAAACAGCUAUGGAAGAAUGAUUUUCCUAUCUAGAAGAGCUCAGAAUACCUUCAUUGUCUAGUUUUUAUAUAGCUGUGGCUUUGAAAAUUGAAGACCUUUUGGUUUUAGUUUAAUAUUGAUUCCCAGUAAACAGUGUGAAGAUGUACUUCAUGGUUGCAGUACCCUAGUACAGUAAUCUUUUUUUUUUUUUUAAUUACAACAGCAGCAGAUUUUUCUCAUUUCCACAUGGUGAAAUACAAAUCCCUGCUGCUAUCACUGUAAACACUGAUUUAUAACUGGACAGGCAAGAUCAUUUGUCUGACUUGCUUCUAAUUUCAUUUGAAAAUUCAGUCCAACUCUGUCAGCUACCUUCCAAAACUGUUAUAUUUUUAAAUAGUAUUUGCUAUUUCUCUUAAACAUAGUGUUAAGGCACUCUUGUUACUCGAAGUUGAAAUCAGAAAGUUAAAGCUGGAGCGGGCAUGCUUUGAGGCGUUUGUUGGGCUGAGUUUUACUGACUUCUUCACGCAGCAGGGGCUUGUGAGACGAAGUUGCCCUGCUGUUCUCUGUCUCUGUUCCCCGUUUAACCAGAAUUCACCUGUAAAAAGCUGGAAGGGGGGCGGAACCUGUUUCACACCACCUGCCUUGUUUCAUCUAAAUGUUCCUUCGUAUCUAAUAAAAUGCGUUUUGUGGCU